CUUUGUGACGUCUUGUUUUAAAAAACCGUUUUUGAAAAUCGAAAAUAUUUAGCUAUGUUAAAAUUUACAGAUUAUUUUCUUCGUACCUGAUAUUAACUAUGGAAGAAAAUGUCGCUGAUAAUGAAGUGUUUGUAAACGCUACAAUUGAUGGAGAUUCUCAGUCGGCGGUUAAUUCACUCAUUUUGGAUUACUAUCAAAAGUUUGGCAAGAAACGUGAUUUAGAACAAUUCUUCUCUUUGUCGACCGCUGAUAGCGAUAUUCGUGAUCCUUCAAGUCUAUUCUGGAGGAAAAUGAAAAUGCAGUCUGAUUCCUCCGACUCUGGGGAAGGUAAAGCUGGUACGUCUACGGAAUUAUGCAGAAUAUCCAUCAAAUGUUCUGUCCCAGAACACUCAAGUUCUCCGGAUGAUAAUCCAAAGUCUAAAGAUGAUUCCAUAUCUCCACCUAUAAUUACUGAAGAAGCAUCUCCAAUACAAACAGAUCACUGCUCACCACCUCACUCAGACAAUGAAUCAAUCAAAUCAGAUGGUAACAACUCUCAGAAAUCAAUUGAUCCACAAUUGGAAACCUCUGUGAACAAACCAUUUUCACCAACAAGCAGUAUUACCUCUCAACGGAAACUAGAAUGGGAUUCCUUAGGUGAUGUUGGAUAUGGCAAUGAAAGUGAUAGAAAGAUGUCCGGUUCUGGAUUAAGCACAUUAGAGAGAUUGGCACUUCAUCAACAGUAUUCAAACAAUGACCCAAUGAAUGAUACAAAAUAUGGCCUACCCACUUCACAAUCAACACCAGUGGAGAAUAUUCCAACUAAAAGUAAAAAAGGAAAUGUAAAAACCACGAAAAUCUAUAAAAAAGAUGUCGAUUUUGUAGAAGUAAAUGUUCCUAAUACUGAUAAAGGACCAAUCAAUGUUAAUUUGACAAAACACAUAUCUUUUAAUGUUGAUAAAGGUGAUGUUACAAUAGAAACAUCAAAAGACAAUACACCUGAAAAAAUUUCAGUUGUCACCGAAAUGACUCCGCAAGUGAGAAUAGAUAAAGAAAUACAAACAACUCUGCCACAUAAUGAUACAAAGAAAACAAAUUCUGAAAAACAAAAUAUAUAUGGACCAAGAUUUCCAAUAUUACUCAGUUUGAAUACAUUGAGGAAAAAGAAAAAAAGAAAGAAACUUACAAUGUAUAGAAAAAAAAAUAACAUUAAAAGCAAGAAAAAAACUGAUUCGUCCAAUUUACCUGAAAAAAGUGGAGAUCAAAUAUCUGCAGCUGAAAGCUUUGAAUAUAUGCCUGGGCACAUAUAUAACCAGAAUCAAGUAAAUAACAGUGUAAAAGACUCAAAUAGUGUUGGUAAUAAAUCAAGUCUUGAAUCCAGUGUUGGUUUCACAACCGAUUCCAGUAAGACAUCGAAAAAUUCAUUUACCAGAGAUUUAGAAAAAAGUAUAAAUUUACUCAAAGUUGCUUUACAAUCGAAGUACAAUAAUACUAAUUUAAAAGAAAAACUAAUUAAAGAAGUUGUUCAAAGAUUGGUUAAAUCACAAUACAGUGAUGAUGACAGUGGUACUGUUUUUCUAUCAGGUUUGAGUUUUAAUAGUAAAAACGUAGGACUUCUGAAAACAAGUAAUACUACAACAAGCACUUCUGAUGGUAAUGAAAUCGAUAAUAAACAAGCAAAGCCAAAAAAAUCUAUUUUACGUAUGGAUAAAUUUAAUCCAAGUGGAAUGGCGUCUACAUCUCAAAGUACACCUAAUUUAUGUACUUUGGUGCAAAGUGAAAAAACUAUAAAUGUUAAAACACCAACAUUCUCUAACACAGAUUCAGAAUAUUCUAGCAGAGAAAAAAAUUCAACUGACACUAUGCCAAAGAUGUCUUCCGAAGAUUUAUAUAACAAAUAUUUAGAUGCAUUAAAAAGAGAACAGGUACAUAAAAAACUUUUAAAAAACAAAGAAACACUUUUGAAGAAAAAAUUGGUUUGUUCAGAUACUUGUAUUAAGGCAAUGCCAGAGCCUCAUGAGAAGUCGUAUGAUAGAAUAUAUAAACUAGUUAAAGAAUUAGCCCGAAACAAUGCAGGCGAUGGUUCAGGAGAUGCAACUAAAAUUGAAAUAGGUUUAAAUUCUAGGGACCUGAAAAACAAUAUUAAAUCACAAAGAAACCAUUCUGUUUUUACUCUUUCCUCUGGUAAAUCUGUUAGACAAACAAAGCAUAUUAAGAAAUAUCAAAGAGAUGUAAGAGAUGUCGCAGAAGCUAGUUGUAGUAGAAUAAAUAAAAAUUGUUGCUGUGACUCUCAAAAUUAUCAUGAUACAAACUGUGCAUGUAAAAAGUAUGAAAAUGAAAAAAUAUCUGAAAGAGAUACGUAUUAUGGAAGCAAUAAAGAAGACAAUUCAACUUCAACUAAACAAUACGUAAAAAUUGGCCACACUUCACCUAGAUCAACAGAUACUGUAAAUACACAAAAUAAGGCGGAUGUACAAUACGUUUGUUUGUGUGCUAAAGAGGCUAUGGAGACACAAGAUGUACCUGAUAAGUUGCUGAUAUACAAAUGCUCAAGAUUAGGUGGUCCACAGAGAUUGGGUUUAGAUGUAUUAUCUAAAGCAUCUAGUUCUGUAGGAAUACAAUGUUCAACAGAUUGUGUAUGUCCUAAGAAAUUAAAAAAUACAACCACAACUACUAAUUCAAUAGAUCAAAGCAAUAAUAAUACAGGAUUGCAUAUCAUUCAGAGUUCUACAACAGUAGUCAACUCUGCGAGAAAAGCAUCAAAUUCAUCUCAAACCUAUAGUAAUAUGGAUGUACUCUUACGGUCACAAUUCAGUGAUACUACCAAUACUUGUACAGAACGACGUAACUCGGAAUAUGUGAAACAAAAAAAAUUACCUUACAAACAAGGUCAUAAAGCAACUAUAUUACCGUUGACACGGGCAACGCAAACAGAAAUAAGUAUUGAUCCAAAAAUUUCUGAUCCGACAUUAUCUGAUGUUCGUUUUAUGACUGAUUUUGAAAAUGUUAAAGUAGAUAAUGAAUUUGGUAGUGAAACAAACUGUAUUCCAAAGCAAACUUACUGUUAUAAUAGUAAACAACAUAUUGAAAAUGAUCAAGAAAUCUUUCAUAGCACUUAUGAAAGUCAAACGGAUACAAUCGAUGAUCGUAAUGAAAUGGGUAAUGGGAAAAGUUCUGAAGACAUAUAUACAGAUACGACAAGAAAACAAGAUGUGCAAAACAAACCUAAUCUGCGAGACAAUAAUUAUACUGAGGAUAAAUUUUCUAUUCCUAUUAAAGGAACAAAUAUGACUUUAGUUGUCAGUCUAGGAGCCAAUUCAUCUAAUCUCAAUGAUGCUAAAAUAAAUGUAGGUGCGAAAGAAAUUUUUCCGAAUAAUCUAAACAAAGUUUUACCUAGGAAAAAUCCUUUGGAAGAAGAUACAAGAGGUGUACAAUGCACAAGUACUGAUAUAUUCACACAAAUGAAUAACGAAACCAAGCUAAAUAAAGAAAGGGAUACAUGUAUAGGUAAUCAACCCAAUCCCAGUAAAUGUACUAACGAUGCAAAAUUUACAUGUGAUACAUUAAAUCCUAGAAACAAUUGCGUCAAUGAAAACAGCACGAAGUACAGCACAUAUCCUACAAAAUCACAACCCGCAAAAAAACCUUUUCUUAGAGCGAAUACUGAUACCCAUUCUAUACAAAGCUAUAUUACAAAUAGUCAAAUUAAUAAAAAAAUUGAUGUUGAGACACAAAAAGACCUUACUUGUGACAUACAAGAAAAAGCUACUGAAUCUGCAAUAUCAAAAAGAUCAAACGAUAACAUCUCAUACAAAAGAUGUAAAAAAAAUGAAGCAAAUGAGCAGAAUAUCAGAAAAAAGUCAAGCAAUGAAAGCAAAUCCGACGUAGAACAUGGAACAUCCAAAGAUCCCAUACUAAAUAUGAUUCAAGAGAUAACAAAACGGUAUACAAAAAGAGAUAUGGAAAAAGGCAAAAGGAAAAAGUGUUUCAAAGAGAUAAUAACAGUUUUAAAUUAUUUACUCGAUACUGACGAAAGUAGCUCUGGACUUCCAAAAAAUAGUCUAUCAAGUUCUAAUACUGACGGCGCUUCAACGACAGGCGAAAUACAGCAGCGUAAUCACUUAGAAUUCUCGAUGAAAAAGUCUUACGUCGACAAGGGUGUUCAAAUGUCUGUAAAGAAAAACAAAAAAGAAAAAUCAUGCACAGAAUCUUCAGAUAUACCAACAUCUAGUGAGGUGCCAACAACUUCAACAGAUUCCGCGGCCUGUAAAGUAUUGAACAAAAUUAAAAAGGAAUGCGAAAGAUAUCAUCAUAGACGAUGCAGUACAAAUAGUACACAUAAGAAACGCGACGAGUAUAGUAGUACAUCAAUUAAUUGUGAAAAUUGUAGCAGAGAGCAUUAUUGUUCAUGUCGAUCUAAAUGCAAAUCGCACAAGCCUAGAACGACCGUUGAUAAAGUAAAAAAGAAAGCUGUCGCUUACAACUUAAUAAUACAAACGUCUGAUAGUGUUGCCAGUGAGGAAACUAUGCGUGACGAGGGUUGCCGAUCUAUAAAAAAUGUUAUUGUUAAAGUACCUUCAAAAUUCAAAGGUUCGACUGCACCUUUCCAAGAAGUAUCAUCGAAGAUCGAAAAGAAUUUGCCGCAGUGCAGUCGAUUUGAAAAUAAAAUACAUCGAUCUAAGAGUUUGCCAAUCGACAGUGAGAUGUCAAGUGAAGACUUUAGCAAAAAAAUGCGAACUUGUACAGUCAGAGAUUAUUUGGAAAUGAACAGACCGGAUUUUAUCGAUAAAACUACAAGGCGACAAGACUGCUUGAAGAUAAUUAAUCAAUCUAGGUCAAAUGAACGUACUGCCAGCCGCAAACUGCUGUCACAGCAACUGGAACGGCAGCAAACAAUAAACGCUCUCAGCGGUGACGACUUACAACAUCUUGCAAGGCAGUUGAGCGGCCAUCUUAGACGCAAGAAUGUUGCUCCAAAAUUUAUAAAUGAACGUGAAAUGAAAAAACAUUCCGAAAAAAUUUACAAGUCUUUGCCGGAAGUUGUACAGAAGAAAGAAGAAUUAAAGAAAGAGAAUAUUAAAAAGACGAAUUUAUUGAUGGCAAAUAUUUUUAAAAAGAACUUACAAAAGAAGACGUUAAGGGGAUCUAUUAAUCUCUCAAAUUACAGCACAGUUGUUAAAAUAUGACAAAGAAGUAAAACCAUAAUUAAAAUAAAACGAUAUGAUACGCAUGUACAUUGAUUUAAUCUUGUAUUGUUUUGUUAAUGUGUUGUUAAAUAUUGUUCUUUUGACAAAAUACAAUGAAAAUCAAUUG